CGUGGAUUGAGUUUUCUAACAAACUGUGGGCUCUGCUGUUUGUUGUGCGGUCAACUGGUGAUUGUUGAACCAGGAAUAUGCCUUCGACAUGGGAUCCAAACCUCCAUCUGACCAGUCUCCAGGGGUGGGCCCCCAGUUGCGAUCGCACGGCCCGGUGGUUCAGCAGUGCUCGGUUUGCAGGCAUUCCCUCGAAGCAUGUCUAUGUGCCACUCCAUCCACGUCCGCAGGCCCACCUGCGCGACGCACGAGACCAAGAAAGCGACCGCCGCAGUCAGAGCGGGAGGAGGCUCCCCCCACGGCGCGCAGACAGCUGUUCUCAGAGAGUAGAGCACGCCACUCCUGCCCUCACUGCCCCAAGAGCUUCGGCAGUCCCGGCAAGCUGAGUCAACACCUUUACUCUCACACAGGAGAACGACCGUUUGUGUGUCAGCAUUGCAGCAAGGCCUUCUCAUCUCGCUUCAAACUGGUCCGCCACGCUCUCAUACACUCGGACACUCGACAGUAUCGGUGUAAUACCUGCGGACGGACUUUUCACCGAAAAGAUCACUUGAAAAAUCAUUCUAAGGUUCACAGUCCUCUGAAACAGCGGUUCAAAUGCGAUCGAGAAGGUUGUGGAAAAGAGUACAGUUCUCCGAUUAGUUUUCGAAAGCACGUAGCCGUCCACGCGGCGGAAGACGGUAAUCUCGAGUGUACGAUUUGUAAUAAAGUAUGUGCGACAAAAGAAGAAAUAGUUUUGCAUUUAAAAAUCCACGCCGGUUCUCGGACCGUUAAAACACAAGCGGAUCGAAAAUACAGAUGUGAGUAUUGCGAGAGAAGCUUCUUCACCGGAAAGGAUGUGAGGCGCCAUCUGGUCGUUCAUACCGGUAGGAGGGAUUUUUUAUGCCAGUUUUGUCCUCAACGUUUCGGAAGAAAAGACCAUCUCGUCAGACAUAUAAAAAAGAGCCACAACCAUGGAGGGAAGAAAGGAAAGAAAAAGGCAGAUCAGAAAACAAAGUCCGUCACCGCUAUAUUGGAAGAAGCUUCUACUAGCAGACUAGAAGACGAGGAACUCCCACUGCUAGACGUUAAAAGUGAAAGUAGAUCUUCUCUCGGAAUGUUCGACGACGAGGAAGAUGACGAAACAAAUUUACCUGCCAGUAGUGAAAUAUUUAAAGCGGACUCUGAAACGUUGAGACAGAUCGGUCAACCAGAAGAAUUACUGUCGGAAACAAGCGGAAGCAUGAUGUCCGAUACAAUUUACCAAAGCCCACCUCCCCCAUACCCUCAUCACAUGUCCAGCCUCGAUCCAGGUAUGAGUUAUGAAGAGAUUCCGAGGGGCUCGUCGUCAGAAGUGAUUGAUAUUAAAGCCGAGGAGUUUAUCACUCUUCUGCCUCAUCAGUUCCCUCCCAACCUCCUGCUGACCACUGCGGACGAGUCAGACCCCCUCCCCUUGUCAAUCAUGUCUGGCAGUCACUUCAUGGAGGUGGAGGAAGAACAGUCGUUGAGCAGACAGAUCCUGCAGAUGUCUGGUCCUAGUCAGGGCUCCUCCUCUGAUGCUGACUUGGUCAUACCAGGCUUCUUGUCUCCCAGAGAUACUCCUAGUAGCUCUACUCCGCUGCCGGGCUUCAACCAAGCUUUCCAACAAAAUCCGUAACAUUUACAUUGGUUUGAUACUUAUACCUAUGACUAUGAUACAACUAGACAUCCCAUUCCCGGUUAAGUUACUGUCAGCAUUAGAAUGAAUAUGGACUUAACUUAAUUAAGCCAUCAACAAAGAAGGAGUCAAACUGAUUGAAUCACUUAUUGUAACCCAUAGUAUAUUUUGUGUAAUUUCAACUGUCUCAGUAACAAAACUAAGGGAUAAAAUAAAGUUUUAGACUGUAGCGCACUGCAUGACUGGCUUAUCCAACCAAGUUCUUUAUGAAUAAAAUUUGGCCACAGCUGGUUCAUAUAGAUGGGAUGUCUAAUUCAGUAUUUUAAGUCAACGCCUAACUACUUUUCAGUUGAGGCUGUAUUCGAUGAAUUAUUUUCUAACUCUUGAGUUCUUCAUAAAUUCUGUUUGUGUACGUUAGGACAUUUUUUCUAAGCCCUUCUGGGCCUAGACAAUAAAAUCAGUACACACUUCUUCUUUUCAGUCUUCAACUACAAACUAGACGACUUGUUAUUUUAUGAGUUUUAAAAUCUCAACCCGGUCCAAUAUUUUAGCUGUGAUAAGUGAUUAAACCACCCCAUGAAAAUACUACCUCCAUUUCUACAACUUUACAAGUGACAAUUUUAUAUCAAUAACCUGCCAACCUGAGAUCUUAUACCACAUAAACUAUGAAACAUUAAGGGUGUGCCUUACAAUAUAUUCCCACAUAGGCCUACUAGAGAAUUUUAAAGCGCUGGAAAUUGUUUAACUAAGGUGAUUUAUAUUACCUGUUGAAAUAAAAUUGACAUAUUACAUCACUUAAGAAUUCUACAUACAUAGCUACUUUCAAAAAUGAUUAGUGUGAACAAAUGUUGCAACCAGUUUUUGAUAAUAUAAAUCUAAAGUCUUUAAUCUUUUAGAAAUUUAAGAGUGGUUGUAGUUUUUACAUAAUGUAAUUAUUGUAAAACAUUUUGUUUUCAAAUACUUACUAACUUUGUGCAAGAAUUUUCAUUUUUUAAAUUCAUUUAGUAAAACUAAAGUAUAAAGAUAUAAAAACUGUUGUUGUGUAUAAUUUGUGUUAUGUUUUGUGUUAAGUUACCAGAAAAGUGUUAUCAUCAUGACUUGUUAAUUUUUAUAGAGAAGUAGAGGUAUUUGGAGCCUGAUAAAUACAGAACUUCAUUUAAAGUAAAAAAUUAUCAUUACAUAGCUACCAAUUGGUGAAGUUUAAUGAUAGUUUACCAAGAUUUGUGUUAUAUCCCUCCAUAGAUUGAUUUUAACAUAUAGUUUGUCUUGAUUCUCGAUUUAAAAAAAUCCACAAAUAGAAUCAUGAACUCUCAUUUAUUUCUUUUAUCUGUCUUACACCAAAGUGGUAGUUUGAUUGCUAUAUGUUAUAUUGAAUUACACUGUGUUCUAUUUGUUAGUAUUAUUUUACUAAUUUAAAUGUAUUAAGUUACAUUUGUUUGUAAAUUAAUCUUAAGUAUGCAAUAUUAUGUUUCAAACUGUUAAAUUACUCCAUAACUGUAAUUCUAAUUGAAACUCUGGAUCUGGUUAACUUACCUCUAAAGUUUCUGGUUGGAUGGACGUCAGUUACCGACACAUUCCCGGCUUAGCCGCCAUGACACCUUCUGCAGAUCCGCAAAUUUAGAUUCCAUUGUAGCGUAGGACUUUCCAUUAGGUUAUUUAGUUGUAAACGUAUUUUACAGUACAUCUACCUCAUAUAUUUAAGACUUAAGUCGGAUGCAAGGUUUUUGUUUCGAGCGUGUUAUUUAUUUUGGAUAAGGUUGAUGUUCCUACGACGUCGGCCAAGGGCCUUUGUUACUAUCGGAGGAGGAGAAACGACGAUCGAAUCCGUACCAAAUCAGUUCUCGGUUCUCUUCUCGCCUCGACUCUUGUUUGUAGCAGGAAAUCAAAAUUGUGCCGCUGUUGAUGAAGUCGUACACGCAAUCUUGUGUAGUCUUUCCUUACCGUUAAUUCCAUGUAUUGUUAUUUGUAACUGUUUGUUACCUUUACGUUUUCAAAGGUUUAACCAAGCUUUAUCAUGUUGUAUUUAUAAUUAAUUACUAAUAUUCGCUUUUAUAUAAAUGUUAUAUGUAUUUUUAAAAUGUUACCUUUUCUAUGAAAUAUUCGUUCUAAACUACUUAAGACAGAUUUACUAGAAUGUUUACAAUGUUUCAAUAGUAUUACAUUAUUCACCAAGUGCCUCGUUGACGGUGCUUCUGCUCUGCCCUCAUCAACAGCCUCGUUAUCUUUAACGAUAUAAGAUGGUGUAUAUUUAUAUGUUGUACGCCUAAAUCAUUAUUUAGGUUUAAUAUUAGUCAGUAAGAUCACGGUUUGUGGUGUUUUUGUUGGUCAUUUUGUAAUUUUAGUUAUACUGUUUUGUGCGCAUUAUAUUUAAGAGUUUGGUUGACCUUUUUUUGGAGGAGCAAAUUAAGGAUCAUGAUCAGAUUUGUAAAAACGAGUCUCUUUAAAUCCAGUUUUAUAUUAAUUCCUUUUUAAGGAUCCUGAAUUGAUACAGCUCUUAACCCUUAUAUAUUUACAAUUUUUAUUUGAUCCAGGAUAUUGCAUUGAGUCAGCUUUAGGUGAAUAUUUUAGCAAUCAAUAAGCGAUGCAAUAUUUUCAGAAUAUAAUUCCAACGGUUCUCAUAAAUAUGUUUGACAACAGAUGCACCACGGCCGAUUCAGAUCUGUGAUACAAUAGGUUAAGAACAGUUAAUAAUUGAGUUUUUAUAUCUUUACAGAAAAAUUGCAGAUAUUUUUUAUGUUAUUUGUUCAAAGAACCCUACCAAUAGAAGAAAACAUUUUGUAUAUAAUACUAGAACGACUUAGUUACCACCUUGUAAGUUUUAACUCGUGAUUAUUUUGUUACAAGGGCAAUGUGGAUUCCACUUCAAGCCUCUAGCUACUCUUCACAUAAUAAUAUGUUACAAAAGCAACUGGUUACAUUUUUUACACUUUCUUAUUAUCAAUAAAAAUAUUGAAAGUAGAGACAUCAAUUAAAUCUUUUAUCAUCUAAUUAAUGCUAGUUUUUUUUUUUUGCAAAACUAAUCAAUAAAAGUAAGUUUUUAUUUCCGAAACCAAUAUAAAAAAAGCAAUUCCAAUUAAGUUCAUAAAAAUUGCAAAAGUGUUGUCAGAAGUUGGAAUCCACAUUACCCUUAUUCGAGCAGUGCCUUACAUGAAGUCUGUUUCACCAUUCUGUACCUGAUGACUUGUUAAAUACAUAUUGUAAAAUACAAAAUAUAUAAAUACUUAAGUGUAGCCAUAAGGUAGAUUAGUUAAGGUAGUGUUAAGAGGCUGAAAAGCUUUCAGGUCGUCCCACACAUAACCACUGUUUCCUCUGUAAGAGAGUGUCCAUUUAUCCAACUGCACUAUUAACUCGUUUAUUAUUAUUUGUAAAAUUUAUUGGUCUUUGAAUAGACAAACCUCUAUAGGUUUAUGGUGAAUCACUGAAUAACUAUGGUUAAGAUAGUUACCAGCCAUUAACUAUUUUAAGUUCAAUAUCCAUUUUUCCCUUUUUGAAUGAGUUUUGUGAAAUGCUGCAUUAUCCUAGGUGAAAAAGUUUAAUUAUAAUUUCAGGUUUUCUCGAUAAUCAUUAGUUUGGGUUCUGAUGUUCCUUAAAUAGCCAAAGGAUAUUUAUAUUAUUCAUUUAUUUAAAUGUACACUUAAAAAAUUGGAGUUGUUCUAUUUUGUCAUAUAAAAAAGCAGAUACCUUUGUUUUCUUUGUUGUAGUGUGAAAUUAAGUUACUUAGGGGGCUUACACACGAUGAUUUUUGAAGGUGUAGAAUUGACAAAUAAUACCAGCAGCCAUCAACUUAUUUUGUCCAAUGCCUAAGGAUAGAAUUUCUUGUAUCAGUACUCCUAUGAUAAUAUUUCUGUAAUGGAUUGUAUGUAAGGCCUAUAAAUGAAGUUGCCUAAGACGGGAGUAUGAUGUCACCAGCAGAACCCUGAACAGAGCUGCUUUUAUUGUAAACAUCUGCCACCUGUCAGAAUUUUGUUUGUUUUUGCGUAAGUUUGUGGGAUGGAGUAAUUAGCUUUUCUCGAGUGUAAUUUUAAUUUUAGGUCAACCAGAGUGAUUUAAAUGCCUGGUGAGCGGUUUGCUGUAAUCUCUUAAAAAUGUAUAUAACCAGAAAAUACUUGUAAAGCAGGAGAUAUAAACUAACACGACACCAUUAUAUCUAAUAUAUAAAAUUCUCGUGUCACAGUGUUUGUCUGCAAACUCCUCCGGAACGACU